GGGGUCGUCAUCCAAUGCCCGACCGGCCCCGUGAAAAUGCGGGUCGAUUGUGAAGACGGAAAAAGCGGACGUGUCAGAUUUCACAGUGUUCCAGCGUUUGUUUUUGCGCUCGACCAAGAAGUCGACGUUCCCAACUACGGGCGGGUGAAGGUAGACAUCGCUUCUGGAGGGGCGUUCUACGCCUUUCUCCCUGACAGCUCUCUCGGGCUAGAUCUCCGUACAGCUCCUAUUGAAGCUGUGAGGAGCGCCGCUAUAGCAGUGACAGAAGCCGUGAAGAAGGCCGUGCCGUUACGCCACCCGGAGCACCCGGAAAUGGCGUACUUGGACGGGACGAUCAUUACGGACGGGCGGGACGAGUACGACCAGACGCCGACGCUUCAGACCAGUGUGUUCGGCGGGUUUUUCGUGGACCGGUCUCCGUGUGGAUCGGGCACAACGGCAAGAGUUGCUAUUCUGCACCGCCGAGGCCAGCUCGACCCGUCCAAAGCGCGGCAGUUUGCGAGCGGCCCCACGGGCUCGGUGAUGACGGGCCGGCCGGUGAGAGAGACCAGGUGGGGAGAGUUCGACGCUGUGAUCGUGGAAGUGGCGGGAAAUGCGUACUACACCGGAACCGCAGAGUAUACAGUCGAGCCGGACGACCCGCUGAAAAAUGGCUUCCUUGUCAAGUGAUUGUCAGCGUAAUAAGGGCCACGCUGAUGUUUCUGUCGAUAAUCCAUCUUCCCAUCAGCUUGUUACCUCCAUGAAAUGUUCGUAUAACAAUUUGCACUA